AUGGUAAGCAUAGUUAACCAUUUGUCUGAAAUAUCAAGCGAUAGCGAUGAUUACGAAGAACCAAAUGACAUGCAAACGGGAAAAAUACCAGAAAAUCUGAUCUCUAUAGAUACAAGCGAUGAAUAUGAUGAUGAUAAUUUCGACAAUAAUACAGAACGAUCACAGCCAAAUUUGAGCGUGUAUCCUUCACUUCAUAUGAAUGGUAAUGUCUACAGAACCGAAGAGGAGUUUCAAGCCGAAAUCAAUCGUUUAAAAAAGCAAAGCACUAAUAGGUUCAAAUCUAAAUGGGAAGAGAUAUUGGAAAGGUAUGCACAAAUUGAUGAUGAAAAGGAGAGCGAUGAAAUAGAUCUAGCAUCAGGUGAGAUAAUAACGGAUAAUGGUCACUUAAGAUCUCUUAGGACUGAUAUAGGAACCAAUACAGAUGUGAAGUUUGACGGUGAUAUUUGGUCGGUAACGUACGACUUGGAGAGAGAUAUACGUAAUAGAUAUGUUAAAGAGACAAGACACAAACAGCAGAAGAGGGAGUUGAAGCGACAGUUAAAAGACCAAAAACUAUUCCACAACGUUUCGUUGCAAACAUCGCCUCUUAAAGCAGACGAUUUCACUCGGGGAAGCUCUUUCGCCCUGUCCUCGGAAGAUAAUUUAUUGUCGUUAAACCCAUCUCCAACAAAGAAAUUUAAAGUAUCACCAAUCAAGGGUAUUAGAGGCUCAAGUCCAGUACGCGAUGAUGAUAUCUCACUUCUUACACCUACGAAAAGGAGAUCUCGUAAGUUAUCAAAUAUGUAUGAUGCGAAAAGCCUUCCAACAAAAUUACAUUUUGAUGAUAUACCACGCCUUCAUACGGAAGAUUACAAUAUAGCUAAGGAAGGUGACGAAAGCUAUGGCGACAUGAUUAGUAGUCCUUUUUUUGUGUAUAAUAAUUCGUUGCAUGAUAGUAGAGGCUACGAAACAAACUCUCCACAAGAUUAUGACGAUGAUACCCCAAACACAGCAACUGUCUCAGAUGGGAAAGGAUACGUUGAAACAUCAGAAACGUCCGAUGUAGGAUCGGAUGACAAUAAGGCCGCCAAAGUUUCUUUUUCUGAUGCAAACCAGUAUGUGUCUGAGAGUGAAAAUGAGAAUGAUGAUUAUAGCUUGGAUUUUGAUGAAGAAUUCCUGAUUGUGACUGAUCCUUGCAUAUAUCCGCCAACAGAAAGUUCUACUACUAUAUAUAAUUGUGCCAUUGAACAUUGCUAUUAUUGCACAGGUAAUAAAUCAUUAUAUCAAAGCCAUUUAUUGGAUAAGCAUUCGACCUUACUACAUUCAUUAGGGUAUCCAAUUAGGGAAGAUACGUCUAUCAUUCUGAACCCCAAUAUUUCCCAAAGUACUAUCAAAAAGUUGACUAAAUACUUUCCAUUAAUAUUUGAAGUCCCACGUUUGCCACUUUCCAAGAAUAGCCAACCAUUUAUUUGCGGGCUAAAUCUUGGAAAUUCCAGAGUUUGUCAUAAAUUCUUUGUUACAGAACAUGAUCUUAUUUUGCAUCAACAAAACGCUCCUAAUAAAUGCUCUUACAAGAAGCAGGUAUUAAUAUGUCCUAUGUUAGGGUGUGGAUAUAUGACGGAUAUGGGCUAUUUGGAGUGGCGAUCUCACUUCAUAGAGAAGAAGCAUCAUCUUGAUCCAAAACAUAAAAGAAAUAAACAGAAUGAAGGAAGCUUCAAGCAUGAAGAAAAAGGGCGGAAUGAAGAGUCAAAUCUCACGCAAUUAAGUUACAUCCCAAAUCCAGGUGAAGAAGAGGAAUAUGAGAAACCCAGUCAUCUUGAUAAAAUCAACACUUCAAGUUUGAAUAUCACAAAUCUGGAUCAGCCGACUAAGGUUUCAAAGCCUACUGAGGUUUUAACUAUACUUGACGUAGUUAACGAAAUUAAUGAUAUUUUUAGUGAUUCGGGAUCUGAUGGUUCCAUUAACGAAUAUCUUAGUGACGACGAUGGCAUAGAAUUUAGUAAAAUGAGCGUAGACGUAAAACAUGAUCCACGAAGACCAUACCAAACUGAGAUACCGAAUUUAAAAAUACAAUUAAAUUUGCAUGAAGAUUUGCCAUAUCCCUUGGAUGAAGAUUUGCAGACUGGUUAUGAAUCUAUAGAAGAGUUAUUUGACGACUGA